AUGGCCCGGUGGCCCGCACCGCCUCCGCCUCCGCCGCCGCCGCCGCCGCUCGCCGCGCCGCCGCCGCUGCCGGGUGCCUCCGCUAAGGGGCCGCCGGCGCGCAAGCUGCUCUUCAUGUGCACCCUGUCCCUGUCCGUCACCUACCUGUGCUACAGCCUGCUGGGCGGCUCGGGCUCGCUGCAGUUCCCGCUGGCGCUGCAGGAGCCCCCGGGAGCCGCCGCGGAACCCCCGCCGAGCCUGUCACCUCCCUCGCCGCCACCUCCCCGCGUGCGCCCCGGCGCCUCCUCUCUGCCACCGGACAACGCGAGCCACGGGCCACCGCCCGAGCCCCCCGAGCGCUUCACGACACCCACGGCCGACGGCUGGGGACUGGCGAGUGGCGGCGGUGCCCGGGACGCCUGGCCCAGGAGCCCGCCUAGCCCCGGAGAAGCGGUCACGGAGCAGGGUGCGCAGUUGGGGCGCGGGGCGCAGGAGCCAGGAGCCGCCGAGGAGCUGGCAGGCCGGAGGGCAGCCAACGUGAGCGUGGAGCGGGGGCCCGCCAGCACCCCUGAUUACGGCGAGAAGAAGCUGCCCCAGGCGCUGAUCAUCGGGGUCAAAAAAGGAGGGACGCGCGCGCUGCUCGAGGCUAUCCGCGUCCACCCGGACGUUCGGGCGGUGGGAGUAGAGCCGCACUUCUUCGACAGGAACUAUGAGAAGGGGCUGGAGUGGUACAGAAACGUGAUGCCCAAGACAGUGGAUGGGCAGAUAACCAUGGAGAAGACCCCCAGUUACUUUGUGACAAAUGAGGCUCCCAAGCGCAUUCACUCUAUGGCCAAGGACAUCAAACUCAUAGUGGUGGUACGAAACCCAGUGACCAGGGCCAUUUCAGACUACACCCAGACACUGUCAAAAAAGCCAGAGAUCCCCACCUUUGAGGUGCUGGCCUUCAAAAACCGGACCCUGGGGCUGAUUGAUGCCUCCUGGAGUGCCAUUCGCAUUGGGAUCUAUGCUCUGCACCUGGAGAACUGGCUGCAGUACUUUCCCCUCUCUCAGAUCCUGUUUGUCAGUGGUGAGCGACUCAUAGUGGACCCCGCAGGGGAGAUGGCCAAAGUACAGGACUUCCUAGGACUCAAGCGUGUUGUGACUGAGAAGCACUUUUACUUCAACAAAACCAAGGGAUUCCCCUGCCUGAAGAAGCCAGAAGACAGCAGUGCCCCAAGAUGUUUGGGCAAGAGCAAAGGUCGGACUCAUCCCCGCAUUGACCCUGAUGUCAUCCACAGACUUCGGAAAUUCUACAAACCCUUCAACAUGAUGUUUUACCAAAUGACUGGUCAAGACUUCCAGUGGGAACAGGAAGAGGGUGAUAAAUGAGGCUGGUAGCAUGGAGGGAAGGCUAAUGAAUAGCAAGAAUACUCUUUACCAGAGUCCCAAAUCCCCCAGGUUCUGAAGCUUCAGCCGUGCUGGAGUACCAAGCAGAUUGCUAGCCUGAUGCAGUUGGGUUAUCUCCAAUAUUGUGGGCUUAGGCAGGAGCAGAGAUCACAUGGCAUCCUUGUGGAGGAAGCAACAGUACCUGGUUGACCAGAUGGCCAUCAGAAUACACCAUGAAUACUAUCUUCUACUCAUUAACAGAGUUUGAAAACAGGAUAAACAUCUUCCAGUAUCACAGACAGAUGCUAUGUUGAUGAGUGGUAGAAAGAAAGAAAGAGGUAGUUGUACUUUUCAGAAGCUCUUACUAUAGUCUUGGGAGUCUGGAUUCUAGCCUUGUAUUUAAUCGCUGAUAUGAAAACUUCUGCUCUGGCAUCUCUCCAGAAUGCUAUUUUUGGCUGAGAGCUCCAAGACUCCCAGGGAGCAAUAUCAUCCCUCCAAGGCCUGUCUAGCCUUCCCAUCAAUGGCCUCAUCCCAUAACCCUUUGACUUCCUCCCUCCCCACAAUGUGAAGGCAAAGGCAUGCACGUAUGUUCCUUACCAAAAAAAUAAAAAUAGCCUACACCCCUGGAGCCUUUUAUCUGAGAGCCAUCCAAGGUCAGUCUCUCUCUUCAUGAGUGUUCUAAAUUAUGGAGAAGCUUAACACAUCCUCACAUUGGAAUCUGGCCCACAUGAAUGCUCCCA